AUGAAGGUCUCCUUCUGGGCCCUUUCUUUCGUCGCCAGCCUCCCGCUGGUGAGCGGUCUUUACGAUAAUGUCCCUGACUGUGCUUUGCCGUGCCUAUUCGAACCGCUCGAUUACACGCCAUGCGCCUUUACGAAUUCGACAUGUCUGUGCGCGGACAUGAAUUAUAACAUGGCUGUCAUCCAUUGCGUUCGAGUGCAAUGUAGCGUCCAGCAAGCCCUCAUUACGAAGAACCAGACAUGGUCGGAUUGCGGCUUCGAGUACCACGAUGAGGGCAACACGAUCCAAUGGGUUCCAGCAUUUCUGUUCGGAGUCCUUACGCUAUUCUAUGGCAUGAGAUUAGCAACCAAAUGGAUGGGCCUGGCCACGUGGGGCUACGAUGACUGGACAAUAUCAUUCGGAUACAUUAUGAUGAUCGCCUUCUUAGUCGCAACUUUCCUCGCCAAAAAAGAGGGCAUCGGUCGAGAUAUCUGGACACUCAGCGUUGAGCAGAUCACAGCUUUCAUCAGGGGCUUCUUUGCAUUUGAGAUCGUCUACUCGGUAACACUAGCCGUCAUCAAAGCGUCGGUCCUAUUCCUCUACCUGCGCAUUUUUGGCUCGAUUACGGAAGUCUUCCGCCAGAUCCUAUGGGCCACCCAAAUCUUCAACGUCGCCGUCUGCCUCGCGUUUGUCAUCGUCAACCUGAACCAGUGUAAGCCUCUCAGUUAUUUCUGGUACGGAUGGGACGGCAGGCAUCCCGGCUAUUGCAUCGAUCUGUCCGCAAUGGCGCUCUCGCACGCAGCCCUGAACAUCGCGAUGGACGUCUGGAUGCUGGUCCUCCCCGCGACCCAAAUCUACAAGCUCAAUCUGCAGAAGAGACAGAAGGCGGGCAUCAUGUCGAUGUUCGGUGUCGGCAUCUUCAUCACGAUCGUCAGCGCCGUCCGACUGCGCAGUGUCUCUGUCUUCAGCCACUCGUGGAACCCAACAUAUGACUUCUACGGUCUCGCCCUCUGGUCUCACAUCGAGCUCUGCGUAGGCAUGAUCGUCGCCUGCAUGCCGGCCGCCCGCACCCUCGCGCGGCGCCUCUUCCCCGAGCUGCUCUACGUCACCAACAUCAGCUCGACGCGCCAGUCCACCCGCGCGUCCGGCAACGUCAAGAUCGUCUCCCAGGACAUCGCCAUGAUCGCCACCGACGACAUACCCGAGAGCUCCACCGUCGCUUCCACGAAGAAGGACUCUGUCGCCACCCUGACGCCCGACCGCGUGCCCCUCAGGCGCCUCCUCACGAGCGACAGCAUGAUGGAUAUCUCGCCGAGUGAUGCCGGUGAUCGUUCUGUUCUCGGGGGCUCGCACAGGGGAAGUAAAUUCAGCGAUUGGUAG